CGGACCCGCCCCCUUCGGCUUGGGAAAGCUAAAGCGUGGCAGGGGCCGGACCGGGGAAGCGGAGGAGGCGGGUCUCCAUAGAAACCUCCACCUGUUUCCGGCUGUGCUGUGAGAGAUUAGGGGCUGCUGCGGGGGCCAAUCUCAGCCAGCUCGCCUCUUCCCAGCGGCCUCUGCGGGAGCGGUGGGUGUUGUACACAAUCAUCAUGGCGGCGGCCGGGGCCCCGGAUGGCAUGGAGGAACCUGGCAUGGACACGGAGGCCGAGACCGUGGCGACUGAGGCGCCCGCGCGGCCCCUCAACUGCGUGGAGGUUGAAGCCGCGGCGGGGGCGGCGGCCGAGGACUCCGGCGCCGCACGAGGUAGCCUGCAGCCGGCCCCGGCCCAGCCCCCUGGGGACCCCGCAGCCCAGGCCUCGGUCAGCAACGGCGAAGACGCGGGCGGCGGCGCGGGCAGGGAGCUGGUGGACUUGAAGAUCAUCUGGAACAAGACCAAGCAUGACGUGAAGUUCCCCCUGGACAGCACAGGCUCCGAGCUGAAACAGAAGAUCCACUCGAUUACAGGUCUCCCGCCUGCCAUGCAGAAAGUCAUGUAUAAGGGACUCGUCCCCGAGGAUAAAACAUUGAGAGAAAUAAAAGUGACCAGUGGGGCCAAGAUCAUGGUGGUUGGCUCCACCAUCAAUGAUGUUUUAGCAGUAAACACACCCAAAGAUGCUGCGCAGCAGGAUGCAAAGGCCGAAGAGAACAAGAAGGAGCCUCUCUGCAGGCAGAAACAACACAGGAAAGUGUUGGAUAAAGGAAAACCUGAAGAUGUGAUGCCAUCUGUUAAGGGUGCCCAGGAACGCCUGCCAACGGUACCGCUGUCCGGCAUGUACAAUAAGUCUGGAGGAAAAGUGAGACUCACCUUUAAACUAGAACAAGACCAGCUGUGGAUUGGCACUAAAGAACGGACUGAGAAAUUGCCCAUGGGCUCCAUAAAAAAUGUGGUCAGUGAACCUAUCGAAGGACAUGAAGACUACCACAUGAUGGCGUUUCAGUUGGGACCCACGGAAGCCUCUUACUACUGGGUGUACUGGGUUCCAACUCAAUAUGUGGAUGCAAUCAAAGACACUGUGCUGGGGAAAUGGCAGUAUUUUUGAAAGCACUUUCACCUCUGGCCCAGGAGACUGACCCAAAGUGAAGGACAUUGCCGGGAGAGGCCUGCAGCAUCCCUGGAUUUCAGAGUUCUGGAACUUUGUUCACAAAAAAUCUAUAUUCAGUCUGAGGUGAUGUGGUGACUGAAGCCAGAGGUGAUGUACUUUCACCAUUAGCUUAAUUUUAACUUAAAAUGACCAGUUCCCUUUCUUGUAGUCAGCUUCAUACCAUUUUUAAACUCAAUACGAUGGAAAUCAAUAAAUCUGAAUUCCGAACAUGUUGUGUGGAAUACUCUUAAGUGUGUUUGAGAGUAGAUCUGCCAAUUAUGUUGACAAGGGAAUGAUCAAAAGCUUUUUUUUUUUUUUUUUAAAAAAAAGGCGGUUUCAAUUGAAAUAUUUUCAUACAUCUUUGGUUGCAAACAUUUGGACUGCAUUGCAAUGAGUUGGGGUGUUUUUUUUUCCUUUUUUGUAUAAAAUUGUAUGCAAAAUGGAGGGGGGUUAGUAAGCCAUAUAUUUCUGUCCAUUGAUUCAGAUUUAAUUCUUUCCCUUUUUCAUUCUCUCGCUUCCUCGAUUUGAGUUUUUGUUUUAAGAACCCAAAGAUGUCAGUUCCUCUUUUGGUACCUCAUCAACGCUUCCUUUCCUGGGCUCCCUCCCGCCGUGCUGCUGCUGCCUGUGAACGCACGGUGGGAGAGGAAGAGCUGCUCGGUCUUGGGCAGGGAGCUCUCACACUUGCUGUGGUGUUCGUUGAGCAGCAGAGUAUCUCCCAGUGGCUCCUGUUUAAACGUCUUGCCCUUUGGGCCCCAUCUCCGAGGAGUUCCAUUGCUGAUUGGAUGAUUGUCUGCACCCCUCUCUGAGCUUGGCCUAGAGGCCCCAGCCUGGCAUGGUUGUGCCUGGGCUGUGCCACUCAAAAACCCCAGCUCCCAAGCAGACAAAGGCCUCUUCCAGGAGGAGCCAGGUAGAAGAUAGACUAUACAGCCGUAUAGCUGCAGAUCCAGAUGUAAACUUCUUUCUUUGGAAGUUUUCAAGAAAUUCUUAAGCAGUCCAAGGAUGAUUUCAAUUAUGCUUCUCCAUUGGGUCCUUCUGCUCAUGCAUUCAGUUCAAGUGUCCUUUAUCCCAGGUUCAGAGAUGCUGCCUUUCUCAAGAAGACAUCUGACCCUAGCAGGUUGGCCAAUGCUAUUGAACAACAAAAAUGGGAUAAAUUGCUUUCAUGAUUAGCUCACCCUCUUCUGGUUUUAGCCCUUCUACCCUUCUGUUCUUUGUACACGUGAACUUCUGUCAUCUCCGGCUGGCUUGGUUGCCUCUGAAAGGAGGGAAAGUCUCUUGGUAAAUGAUCUCCUUUGUGCUGUUUGCUGUUUCUCUGCUGCUGUCUUUGCAGUUCUCCUCUCACUGGUUGCAGGCUCUCAUAGUAAGGUUUGGCGAGAAAUGUUCCAAACGUCACAUUUUGGAUUCUAGGCUGUCAUCCCUCGUUCUGUGAAACGUAUUAGCAUGUGUUCGCCCAAGAUGACUAUUUCUUGUGAGCCAGUUAAUGAUGAUAUUGUACGCCCUUCCCUUCUAAGCUGUAGUUCAGGAAUCCAGCCCACAUAGACUCUUGCUUUCCAUGGUGUGUUCAAUGCCAAGUGAUGCAUCUAGGCAGGAAAAUCUACUCUUUGCUUUUUUGGGGGCAAUUAGUACAUUUGUGAAGUGCAGCAUCCAAGAAACAGCCUGUUUUUCAUCCCUUGAGAAAGGAGCAGUCAUUGCAGCUUUUCUGUCCUUGUCGGCCUGCAGUUCCUGAGGAAAAGAGUGCAUCUGAGCUACUUGUCCAAGCCUCUGUCUGCAGGUGACAGGUUUCGGGGGAAAUGAGAUGCAUUAAGUAGACUGUCAUCUCGGGUCAGACACUGCCCCUUUUGUUUGCCAAUGCCCCAGUCCUAGAGACUUGUCCUGACAGUGCCGCACACCUACUUUUGAUCUCUCAGAGCAGGCGGCUCCGUCCCCAGGCUGGCCUGGCUGCUCUUGGAGGCCUCUUCACUUGCUCCCCUUAUUGCCCCAUUCUUGUGGCUCGCCAGGCCACUUGGCCUCCCCUCUUGCCAGUGACAGCAAGCGUUUCCAUCAUCUCCCUGCUGCCCAAGGGCCAACUGCUUCUCACUCAGGCUGGUGUCGUUUCAGGAGGACCAAAGCCUGCGUGAGUGUUUUUAUUUUCAGUAAAAUGGUGCUUUUUUCCUUACUUCGAGAUACUAUAUAUAAAUAAUAAUGUAAAUGACACCUUUUCGUAUGGAGCUGUUUGAGUAUUGCUUUACAGAGCUUACUAAAUCAGCUUCAGCAAUCUUGAGCUCUGUGGCUCCUCACCCUGUCUGCAUGGAAGACCUUGCUGGAAGCUCUCGGGAGAGCAGACAUAACACCAGAAGCCACUGGGAGAAGUGUUUUCGAUCGUGUCUGGGUCACAGUAGUAUUCACUGUUCAGUCAUUGAGUUCCGUGAGCAGUCUCUUCAUACAUUUCUUACAGUCUGGAGUGUACUGACUAAAUCUGUGUAAGCAAAUUGAAAUAGUCUUUCUCUUAGGUAGCGUCACAGUGGUUUUUUUUUCCCUCAGGAUAAUUUCUAUAUAGUUUCCUCACUGUCAGAGGGAUCAGAUCUUUCCCUCACUGUGGCAGGGGGCGUGCAGGUGGAUAAAGGAAGAGCUGGUUUCCGGAGAGUGACCAUAACAGCAUUGACUGGAAGCCAGAGAUGGAGGGGGUGGCCAUCUCUUACACACUGAACACCUCUCAGAGCCCCCUGAGGGCUUCUUUGUCUUCUAGAAUCUGUACCAGUGGUCCUCCUGCAGGUUCUGGCUCACAGACAUCAUCACGCUUUUCUUUCACUCCCUGAGGCGCCUUGGCAGAAGAACAUGACCCUGUGAGCCAGGCCCCCUCAGCUCUGCUUCAGAUCACAGAACGCAGACAGACUCGCGAGUUGCUGGACCUCUUUGGUAUUAAGUGUUUGAAUCCACGAUGGGCCUUUUGCAAGUAGCGUUAGCUCUUUUUAAAUGUUGAACUGAGCUAAGGAUGCACUUUCUUGUGGGCAUAGAAGGGGCCCACGUGAGGCCCUGAGUAGGCUCCUUAGUUGCUGCUUUACCUAAUGAGGGCCAAAGAGAUUAACUCUGCCUCAUUGCCAUGUUUCAGAAAAGUUGCCAUAUUUCACCCAGAAGGGGCUCGUUUUCCUCUUACUCUUACUUUAACCAUGUGCCUGGAGGAGCCGUUCUGGGCUCUUGCACUUGCCCAACCUUUCUUUGCCAGGGGCAGAGAAGGGAAAGGGGGUAGAUUGAGUGUGCCAAGGGCCGUGCAAGGGCAGGCUUGCUUUCCACCCAUCUGCUGAGGGAACCCUUGCCUCUUGCUCCUUGCCUCUGUUCACGCCUGUUGUCUUGGAAAAGGAUGGUCCCUUUGUCUUAAGGCUUUGUGAUAAAGUCAUCUCCGGUUAGGAUCGGCACCUCUUUCCUUCAUCAUAGUGCCUGGCAGCCUUUCUGAAGUUACAGGUGGUUGGGAGCCCUCUCACGUGCAGAACAUCUGGUAGAUUGACCUGCCAGGCUGGGUGGUUCUACUGCUUUCUCAAUUUCUAAGAACCUUUUUUUUUUUUCCCUUAAAGAGUUCUGCAGAAUUAUUUGACAAUAUUUGUAAGUACCAUGUUUCCUUGUGGUGUACGCUCUGUUCUCGUUUCUGUUUUUAAAUCAAAUGCCUGUUUGGGAGGAGAUGAACGUAUUUAGUCUAUUAGAUUUGCGCUGCUGGAUUUUUUUUUUAAAGUGUAACCUUGACUAGCUGUCUUAUUGUUUAUCCUGUAAGAUUAGUCUAUUGAUUAAAGUUUGAUAAUUAAUUGCG